AUGUCUCUUUUAAAACUCUCAGGCUUCACAUACUCGAGAUCUCUUGCCUAUUUUAUCAUCUUUACAAUCACAUUCUCGAUAUUUUCUUUCAUACAACAAUCUUUUGUCUUUGGGGGUAGAUUACGUCUUAAAUCUCCAGAAGAAAUUAUUGUUUUCGGUGAGGGAUUGUUGAAGUUGGGCAUGGAUAUUCAUAUGUGGAGUGUUUUACCCGCCGGAACUCUUCUCCCCCUUCAAUUCCUUCCCAUAGUAAGGAGAAAAUAUAUGAACCUGCACAGAUACGCAGGAAGAGCCCUCUUUAUAAUGCUAAUCAUCGGAAACACAUGUGCUUUUGGAAUUGGCCAUGUUUCCUUUGGAGGAACACUCGAAACUAGAAUUUGGAUCUAUACACUCGGUGUCCUGGAAUAUUUCGCCUUGUUCAAAUCUUGGAUUGCAAUUCGACGAAAGAAAAUUGAAGAACAUCGGAUUUGGGCUAUUAGGACUUGGGGAUGGGCAGGGAGUAUCCUCACCAUGCGUCUCCUCAUGAUCCCCUUCAUGAACAUCGUCCUCUCUCCCUAUACCCGUACCUUCUACUCCCUAACCACAUGUUCUGCCCUCCACAACUUAUACACAGCUCAUUCAUACCCCCUCACAAAUAUCACUCAAACCUAUCCCAUGUGUGAAAAUAUCAUUUCGGGAGUAGGAGAUUAUCAGGAUAUUCAUAUUCCUAUUGAACUGGGAUUAUUCCCGCCAGAACGUCUGGUGGCUUCGUUGAAUAUGGUUUUUGGGACGGCGGGGUGGUGUUCGUUGGUUUUGCAUUUGCUGGGUGUAGAGGCUUGGUUGCAGUGGUCUGGGGGUGCGGAGGGGAGGAAGAGGGUGGGGAAGGCGAAGAUUAAAUGA